UAAAGGCGACACGACGAAAUGAAAGAACGAAUACUUCAUUCCGUGUCUCCUUGCCCGAAGGGUCCAGCAGAAAAACUGUUAAACGGAUUCAAACGAGAACGUAACAUGCGAGCCAUCGGUGUCUUGUUAAUAUUCGUUGUCGCGAUGUGCGUAGCCGUGGAGCCGACGGUGCAAACGCGAGUGACCAGGACACUGCCUUUCGAUUUUUCUCCGUCGCGAUUGACGGGGAUGUUCCGGACACUUCUGUCGGGAGGCAGACCUUGGGAAUGGCCACGGAACAGCCUCGAGGGUCUCAUAAGAUUGGUGGCUACUCCGGACACCAGGAAGAAGAUAACCUUCGUUUUCCGACCCGAGGAUGGACCAAGAGCCUCGUUCGAUUAUCAGAGACGUUACGGAUAUCGUGGACAGUGGUUGAUAGACUUAUUGGGUGCUGGAUUUCAUCCUGAUGCGAUCUUUCAGCAGCCACUGCCGGCCGCUAUUUUGGUACCGCCGCCUCUGUGAUCCAUCGGUUUCGUGUAUUUUAGCGAAAUGUGGAUAAAUAGAGUGCUGCACGAUAGACUGAUUAAGACGUUUAAUUUCUCAGGAACAAUAUUGUAGAUUAACCAAAAUACCAUAUUGAGAUUAGUGGAAUGAUGUUGUGUAAGUUUACAGAAGAAGUGUUAACGAGCUUAGUGUAUCCGAGAAUUCUGGAUCAGAAUACUUCGAUGCAAUCUUCUGAGAGGACUUUGUCUCUUUGCGAAGUUUAUACCGUUGGUAUAAAUCUCUGCAAUCGAUGCAAUAAAAACUCUGCAUCGUAAUGAUGGUUUUAAGUAUCUUCACUUCUCUUUUUCCCCUCGGUUUUACCUAACUGUUUCAUCUGUAUUUGCUAGGAGAAGGAGGACUGUGACUUCUAAUUCAGAAGUCAGUCUUGACGUGAAUCAAUGUAUAAGACAAAUAAAUUAAUGAUCUUUUAUACAUGA